CUCUCUCCAUUUGGUUUCCAGUCGCGUCCUGCGCGCCGCGCGACGCACGCGCGAUCAGCUGAGCGGACGAAGGCGGACGGGGAUGGGUUCGGCAGCGCUCUCUGCGCGGACCCCUUGACGGAGAGUUCGCCGCUGGCUUCGCUUUCGCACGAGAAACAUACAUAUAUAUGUAUUUAUACAUCGUCCUGUGCGACGCGGAGGUUUUUGUGGACGAAAUGCAGGAAACGGUCGCGUCGCCGAGAUGAACACAGACAGCACCAGGCCUUCUGUUGCUCCAAAGCCACGAUUUGUUGGCCACGCCGGUGUGACGCCGCGCUCCCCCGUCAUGUCUGCAGCCAGGGGUCCCAAACCCUCCAUCGCCCCCAAACCCACAGUCGCACCAGAGCUCAGCGGUAGCAGGCGAGGAUGCGCUAACGGCAGCGUCCUCACGGACGGUGAGGUCGGUGGAGGGCGCGGGGCGGAGAACGGUCUGAACCGGCGGACUGCGCCCGAGGAGCAGAUUAAUGCCUACAUCCUCCCGGUGCAAAAGCACAGAGAGGAGGCACUGCACGGGUUCGAGAAUGGGGAGGUGACAGGAGGGGAGGAGGAGGAAGACGCGUCCCAGAGGAUGGAUGAGGACUGGAGGUUGACUGACAGCGCCCUGACGGAGGACGUGGACUCUCUGGACACGCCGUGGCCCAGCGACGCCGGACUCGCGCUCUCCGAGGAGGCGGUGGAGAUGACGGACACGGACCUGACGGAGGACAUGGACGCCGAGGCCUGUGAUGCAGGAGAGGGACUGGCGGACACGGACGGCCUCUCCGUGGGCGACUUUUCCGUUAAUAGCCUUGAUGAGGAGAAGCAGGGAAGUCCCAGAAUUCCAGAGCUUGGCGCAUGCGACUGUACAGCGGAGGAUUGGAGCGAGGCUCAGGCAGAGAAACCCAGUGUUCCCUUCAAUGAGAACAUGGAGGACGCUGGCACACGUGCAUUAUUAGGAGAUGAAGACGCGAAGGAAUCGGAUUGCAGCAUCACUUGUAGCAUCCUGGGAGGUGGAUGUAAAGAGAAGGAGAGGAGUGGAGACCUACAGAACCUCAAUAAUAAUGACUUCAUCCUUGAAGACCUUCGAUAUUUCUGUGAUUCUGAUGAUACGUUGGAGGAGGAGCUGGCCAAUGAGUCUUAUUAUGUCUCUUCAGGGGACAUUAUUAAGGGACAGUUGAUAUCAAGGACUACAAAAGCUCACGGGCCACCGCAGAGUCCACAAACGCCUCACAGGCCUCGGAUCGUAAACCGCGGAGCAGCAGCUGGAAAAUAUGAGCAGGUGGAAAAUGGACCAACGAGCGUGUCACCUGAGAAUCGCAAAAAGACCGGAAACGGCGUCGAGGACGAGGCAGGAGCGCGUAAGAAGAGCGCGUCCUUCACAGUGGAGGAGCGGGAGGUUCGUGCGGCGGAGGCCUCGCCCCGGUACAGGCUGGUCUCCGUCUCCGUGGCGACGGACACCGACGCCUCGCUGACCUCGUCUCUGUCGGAGAGCCAGCUGUUCUCGCCCAACGGCUCCGACGUGUUCAGCGACCCGGACGCCCACAUGGUCCCGUUCCUGGACGAGGCCUCGGACGCGGAGCGGGACGUUAGCGACGAGCACGUUUACGAGGAGCCGGGGCACAGCUCGCAGGCGGAGACUGUUUUUCCAGUCGACAGGAAGGCGGCGGGGACGCGUUCCCGCUCGCUCAUACACUGCGCUAAUACCAGCGCGGCCGAUGUGGGGGGUCACAGGUCCUACGUGAGCGGAUUUGGACCCCCGGCGCUAAGCAGCAGCCCCAUGCUAGUUUCAACGCGCCACAGGAGCGUGUCCAAGCCCCAGUACCUGUCGCUGCACCCCCGCUCCCUCUCCGUGGAGGGCCCCGACCUGCCCCUCUGCGUCUUCAGAGACAGGGAGGGCGCCAUUUGCUCAUCCGGGAGCUUCUCCAGAUGCUCCCCCCUGUCCAGCGGCCUGUCCACGCCGAUGUCUGCCGUGGACAUCCCGCCGCCGUUUGAGCUCGCCUCCAUCACCAAGAAGCCCAUCGCAAAGAGCUCCCCCUCGCUGCUCGCCGGCGGCGACUCGCCGGAGAAAAACAGGAAGAAGAAGUCGUCCAUAAAGCGCUUCCUGAUGCUCAGGUUCAGGCGGAAAGCGGAGAGCAAGCCCGCGGUGGACGCCAGCCCGUCUUCGCCCCAGUCCAGCCGCCGCGCCGCCGCCAGGCUCCCGGACCCGGACCGGCACAGCGCCGGCGGCUCCCCGCGGCUCAGACCCCAGCUCCGCUCAGCGCCGGCCUCCGCCGUUCUGCUCUACAAGGAGAGCGGGAGACGGGGCGGCGCCGUGGCCUUCCUCACCCGCAGCGUGGUCCGCGUGGAGUCCUUCGAGGACCGCUCCCGCGCGCCCUUCACGCCCCUCCCCCUCACCAAGCCCCGCUCCAUUUCCUUCCCCAACGCCGACACCUCGGACUACGAGAACGUCCCCGCCAUCAGCUCGGACUACGAGAACCUGCAGGUGCCGCAGCGGAGGCCCGUCCGGCAGGUGCCGUUCCCCAACUACUUCGACCGGCCCAGUCGAGCGCUGUCGCCUGCCAGCGAGACGGACGGCUACGUGGACAUGAGCAGCCUCCCCGGGUUCGAAAGGAAAAGCAAGUCACCUCAGCAGGAAGCAGAAAGUGCCUAUACGGAAGCCUACAACGUGUGUUCGCUGGCCGCGGGUCCACAGUGUGGAUCUGCGGUGGACGCGGGGGGAGAAACAGCGGGUGAGGAGGACCAGGGACGCACCUCAGAGGAGGAGGACGGAGGAGCCGACAGCAAUUAUGACAAACAGCCCGAUGGUCGAUCCAGAGCCUUUUACGUUGCUAAGGAGCUGGUGGACACGGAGAGAUUGCAUGUGAAAGCGCUCAAACGUCUUCAAGAAGACUUCCGGGAAGCAGUGGGAUCGGCGGUUGGGGAUGAGGGGGAGCCGGUGCUGGAGGAGGAGAGGCUUCGGGAGAUUCUCAACGAGCUGCCUGAUGUCUACGCGCUGCACCGGCAGAUCCUAACUGAGCUGGAGAACCGCCUCCGACACUGGGACGAGAGCCAGAGGAUCGCGGACAUCUUCCUGUCUAGGAAGGCGGAGUUCUUGGUCUUCACCACCUACAUCGGCCACUACGACCGAAGCGUCAGCCUGCUGGAGAGCAGCUGCAGAAGCUCUCCUGCCUUUGCAGCUAUUGUUCACCAGUUUGAGCAGCAGAGUCCACCUGGGGAAAAGGUGUGUGUGAGACAUCAGCUCCUGCAGGUCAUUGUGCGGGUGGCUCAGUACCGCAUGCUGCUUACGGAUUACCUCAACAACCUGUCUCCUGAUUCCAGGGAAUAUGAAGACACCCAAGCGGCCGUGGUGGUCGUGUCUGACAUAGCAGAUCAAGUAAAUGACAGCUUGCAACACGGGGAGAACUUGUUGCGCCUGGUCAACAUUGAGUACAGCGUGCGCGGCCAGCGGGACCUGCUGCAGCCCGGACGGGUUUUCGUGAAGGAGGGCACCCUGAUGAAGGUCAGCAGGAAGAGCCGCCAGCCACGCCAUCUGUUUUUGAUGAACGAUGUGUUGCUCUACACGUUUCCACAGCAGGAUGGGAAAUACAGACUGAAGAACUCUGUGUCACUCGCUGGGUUGAAGGUCAGUAAACCCGUCAUAGAAAAUGUCCAGAACGCUCUGAAGAUCGAGGCCUCAGACGUCUCCAUCACUUUGUCUGCGAGUUCUUUCAUUGAACGAGAGGACUGGUUUUACACUCUGAACCGGACUGUGACCGAACAUGCAAGAAAGUCCACAUCAGGGUUCAACAGCUGCUCAGGAGAAGCCAGAGACCGUACGCGUCUGUGUCUGGGAGAGAAAGCUCCCACACUCGUGCCCGUUUCAGAAGUGAUGAUGUGUAUGAACUGCACGUCGGACUUCAGCCUCACCCUGCGCAGGCACCACUGCCACGGCUGCGGGAGAAUUGUUUGUCGAAGCUGCUCCAGGAACAGGUAUCCUCUCAAAUAUAUGAAAGACCGCAUGGCCAAAGUGUGCGACCACUGCUACAACGAGCUGACAAAGAGAGGUGGAGAAGUUCCGGCUCUGGCAGGAAAGAACAGCCCUCGUCCAAACCGCUCCAGUCGUCCUCUCUCAGCCAUGUUUCAAAGCAUUCACCCUCCAAACAUCUGGAGGCAUCGAAAAGGCACCGUCACCUUCAACCAGGUGACGGUGUCGGAGGAAGGCUCCAUCAGCGGCACUCUGCAGCGCAGCAAGAAGAGCAAGAGGAACUGGAAGAGGCUGUGGUUCCUCCUCAAAGACAAGGUGCUUUACACCUACCAGGCCCAAGAGGAGAAGGUGGCGUCGGAGAGUUUGCCUCUGCUGGGUUUCACGGUGAAGCUGCCCGACAGGCAGCAGGGAGAGGACGGGCCCAACGUCUUCCAGCUUUACCACAAGAACACGCUGUAUUACAGCUUCAAAGCCGAGGACAACCGCACAGCCCGGAGGUGGGCCAACGCCAUGGAGGAGGCCACGGUUUUAUAGGAUACAUACACGCACACUGGUGGGUUUCUUCUACGAAUAAAAAAAAAAAAAAAAAAAAACGCAGCCAAACCAAAAAGGGAAUAUUACAUUCUGCCUGCGAGUGGUUGCUUGUGAGGGAAGAAGACGCGGUGUUCUCUGGAAGGGGACGCCAUCACCUACUUUAUCGACCUCCAGCAUCUCUCGCCUGCCGCUACCGCAGGUGUGAUGUAGCCUUGGCCCAGAUACCUGCCAGCGUGGAACAUGCAUCUCACCUCCUUCACUUCCAGCGUAUGGAUUUCUGGAACACAAGAAAUGACUCAAUGAUUCGAGCAAUUCGUCCACUGUAUAAAACUAAUAACGUAAUGACUGCAUAGAAUAAUUGAUUAAUAAUCACUGUAAUUAUUUUUUUAAAUAAUUGGGCAUGCUGUCAUUUCACUGUGUGUCUCUCCACUGGUUUAAAUGCAUCUCUUACUAAUGCUUUGACUCACAGGUCAUGGGUCAGUCUGUACAGUCUGUCAUGGGUCAGUCUGUACACGGAAAUGCUUCUUUAUUGGCAAUAUAUAGUCAAGGAAGUCACAUUAAAAGAACUGCAUCCAAUGUAAUUUAAAUUCCUACACUCCCCAAACAUGUUGUUACAAGGAAACGCUGACUUCAUGGAUGUUCAUGACUUUGUACUGUACUUGAAGGUCUUUUAAGUUUUUUUUUUUCUAUCACCAUUGAUUUGAAGUAAAGUAAGACUGGAGACUGUUGUGA